UUUCCAACUUGCAAACGACGAAAAUAGACAGCAGAAGUAUUCUAUUCAUCCAUAAAGUACAAUUUCCAUUUUACGUAGGUUUAUAGGGAUGCACGCCAACGCUUAUCCUCUCAGGAGGGUCGACCGAGGAAAUUGACCGACGUUUAGUUUAAUCAGCCGUUUGUGACGUUGGAGAUAUCAACAAACACCACUUCCAACUUACCAAUAUUCAAAACCCAUCUAUCUCUCAACAGCCUCGUGAUGUACACAAGCGAGAAGACAUGAUACGCAGAGUUUAACCGUCAACUAGACAUCGAUUUAAAUAGGAAAACUAUAUUUGCAGCGCUUUAAAGAGAUCAUGAUUCAGAAAAUACAUCGUAGUGGAAAGUGGAGAAUUAGCAAAGAACACCUCAAAAGAUGUCUUCCAAGUGUAUAUUAUUAUCUGUUCUAUGGAGCGCUGGGAUCAUUGUUCCCCUUCCUCAACAUCUACUAUCGAUCUGUGGGUUUGAAUCCAUGGCAAAUAGGCUUAUUAGGAGGACUGCGACCAUUAGUCGCAUUAUUUAGUGGAACUUUUUGGUGCCUCGCGUCAAACCGUUAUAAAAUUCGAAAAUCUUUGCUGUUGGUUUCGCUAAUUGGUUGGAUUGUGUUCACUACACCGAUCGGAUUUGUCAGUCACGGACACGACGGAUCUUGCCUCCAGGUCGAAAAACCCUUAUUGAACACUUCAAGACAAAAUACAACACGCUUUUUGAAUGAUACUUUGAAAAAGGAGUUCAAGAGAGAUACACCUUACUAUUGGAUUACACCGAAUGAAAUCAAAUCCAGCCACACCGAAGUAAAAGCAGACAUUUCCGGGCAGGAUAAUGAAGAGUAUUUGAGUACAAGUUCUCAAAAAAGGCGAGAGAAGAGAUCUGCGUCAUCGAUGACAUCAAAGAAAAACGAAAGAUCUGUUUCAAUUGGAAAACCACUGCCUAAUAGUUUUGGUCUGAUGGGAUUAACUUUYCAUAACAAACCGUACAAAAACGUCCGUAAACCUUACGAUUUCAAGUCACGUGGCACUCCUUAUGUCAACAGCAGAGCGAAUCCUUACGCUACUUCAAUUUUCAUUGAGUUCUUCUUCCUAGUAUUACUAGGAGAAUUCUUUCAAGCUCCAACAGACGACGUGAAUAUUCACCAUGUCGGAACAUUCUUGGAGCCUAUGGGUGUCCUCUUCGAAAAGUUACCCAAAAGCGGUAUCUACAGUUCUGUAGGUGUGGGGGUCCUGGCGUUGAUUUCUGGGGCMUUUCUUGACUUUAGUCCAAAAUACGUCAUAUGUGGCAAGGAAUACGGUGAUUAUMGAAUUGCCUUCUCAAUUUUCACAGUUUUAAUGAUAUCAGCAUUUUUUGUUUCAUUGCAUUUUUCGUUCAAACGAACGARGGCAAAAAGUUUURAYRUUUUUCAGUCACUUAGGGAGCUCUGCGUGCAGAGACACAUGGGAUUUUUKGGGGUAGUUUUUSUAAUGGGGACAUAUCGGGGUGUUUUAUCUAACUUUCUUUAUUGGAACAUCAUAGAAAUUGGAGGUUCUGAGCUAAACGUAGGUAUAACAGUCAUCUGUCAGAAUAUUUCUGAUUCAGUUCUGGCUCUAUCGGCUCCUAUUUUAAUGAAAUACGUAGGAUAUAUCGGUAUGGUUUUCAGUGGACUCGCAUCUUAUGCAAUGCGAUUUCUUCUUUUCUCGUCGCUGGCUACUCCAACGUCUGCUUGGGCUAUCCCAUCUGUGGAACUCCUACAGGGGUUUUCGCACUCUACGGCAUGGUCAGCAUUUAUCCUGUACAUCAUUAAUUACACACCGAGGUCAACAUACCCGGUGGGUAUAUUUAUCGUCCAGGGGGUCUACCUGGGUAUUGGAACAACAYUGGGCGCCAUAUUGAGCGGAAUUUUGAUUGAAAGACUGGAAACAAAUGUAGCAUUUCGUAUUUUUGGUUUGACAAGCAUUCUUUCUUGUCUUAUAUUUACUCUUGCGCAACCUACUGGUGCCGUGGAAAUACUCCCUGGGGAUAUUGAGCCCACGUCCAACUUUAGUGAUGAAGAUGAAUAUUCAAGUUUGAGCGAAGAAGAGCUUUUAUUUGAUUACAAGAAAAGAAAUGUCAUUUACAUACCCCCUAAAGAUGAUGAUGAAGCAAAGUUUGUAUUACCCUCCACUAGUGCUCCACUUGUUCCUACGUUUAUGACCUAUGUCAACAAAAGAGAUGAAACGCCAUGAGCGCUUUUACUUUGACUGAUUGGAAAAUACCAUUAACCGCGUGACGUGAGGUUCUGAUAUCCUGCAGUUUGCGCCCAUUAUUCAAUGAAAAUAUUAUUGAGCGAAUGAGACAAUAAUAUUUUUAAUUUAAUCGUUGGGUUCUUAAAAUAGCUGAGAAAGCUACUAUAUUCCGGCACAUUAUGUAUUAAAACUAAGGAUACCAUUAGUUAUUGAGAAUGAGUAAUUAAAAAAGUCGAACGCCUGA